GCACCAUGGAGCUAAAGAAGGACAGCAACGCCGUGGCCAUCGACAUGCUGCUCAUCGUGCACUCCGAGAAGCGGCGCGCGGCGCAAGCCACGCACUUGGACCCGCAGGCGGACCCGGGCGCGCUGCUGCAAAACCGAGGAGGAUUCCAAGGUGUCAGAAACGGAAUCCGGAAGUGGCAAGAGUUGGAAGAAAACGGCUUUCAGGGAAACUUGCCAGAGAAGCAGUGCCUUCAGCAGCCUCGGGUCAUCACUUCCUAUGACAACCAAGGUACUCAGCUGACAGUGGAAAUCCACCCCCAAGACACCAUGCCUCAGCUGCUUAAGAAGUUCUCUUUGGCUAAAUGUUUACAAGGUGAUAAAAAUGGAAACAUGAGACCCCGGCAGCCCGGAGGGAAAGAUGCCCAUGCCUACCCCUGGGACCGAUCCAGUUUGAAAUCCAUGCCCCUGGACCUCCGUCACUUUGAAAAACUGGAUGCUUCUGCCUCACAGGUGACAGUCAAGAGUGGCCUAAAUGAGCUGGUGAGUGACUUGCUCCAGGAAGCCCACAGCGACCUGGAAAGGGUCAGAGCCAUCUGGAUCUGGAUCUGCCACCAUAUAGAGUAUGACGUAGAGGCUGCCCAGGAGAAGGACCGCCAGGCCUUCAAACCCACUGACAUCCUGAGGACCCAGAAGACCAACUGUGAUGGUUACGCCGGCCUCUUUGAAAGGAUGUGCAGGGUUGCUGGUGUGCAGUGUGUCACCGUGCCUGGCUACUCCAAGGGCUUUGGCUACCAGACCGGCCAAAGCUUCUCUGGAGAGUUCGACCAUGCCUGGAAUGCUGUGUACCUUGAGGGUCGUUGGCACCUGGUGGACAGCACCUGGGGCAGUGGCCUGGUGGACACCACCACCUCCAAAUUCACCUUCCUCUAUAAUGAAUUCUACUUCCUCACCCACCCCGCCCUGUUCAUUGAGGACCACUUCCCAGACAACAAAAACUGGCAACUGCUGAAGCCACCCCAGUCUCUAAGGCAGUUUGAGAACAACAUGUACCACAAGAGUGAAUUCUACAACAAAGGCAUGUUAAGUGCCCACCCGGAGACAUCCAUGAUCAGAACAGUGAAUGGGAAAGCCACAGUGACCAUUGAGAGCCGUGCCCCAACACUGUUCAUGUUCAUGCUCAAUGGCAAACAGGAGCACGGGCUCCUGAGCCUCAGAAAGAACGGGAUGAAGCUGGAGGUGUACCCUCCAACCAUGGGCACCCACAAGCUGCAGAUCUUCGCCAAAGGCAACUCAGAAAUCUACAGCUCGGUGUUAGAAUACACACUCAAGUGCAACUAUGUAGACUUCUCUGUCCAGCUGCCCACUGAGCUCCACCAGCCCGUGGGCCCCAGCUGGUUCUCGGAGCAGAUGGGCAUCACGAAGCCCUCACACCCUGACCCCAUCAUUCACACCAGCGACGGUCGCUGCUCCGUCAGCUUUGGUGUGGAAGAGGGCAUCAAUGUCCUGGCAUCCCUCCACGGCGAUGACGGCCCCAUCACUGAGGAAACACAGCGGCGCUACAUCUUCCAGUUGAACCGAGAGAAGAGGACCGAGUUGAAAGUCCAGCUGCCCCAUGCUGGCAAGUUUGCCCUUAAGAUCUUUGUGAAGAAGAGGCAAGAACAAGGUAAUUUCAUCUUUGUCUUCAACUACCUCCUGUGCUGCGCCAACACCAAGGUGAACUGGCCUAUGUUCCCCGAGAGCUUCGGCAACUGGGGGCAGGACAAUGAACUGCUGGAGCCUCUCUCGGGUGUGCUUCCCGCCAACCGCAACAUAGCCUUCAAACUAAAGCUGCAUGGUAUCGCCAAAGCCCUGGUGAAAGGGCAGGACACGUGGCCCCUCACCCUUAACCCCGAGGGCUACUGGGAAGGCAGCUGCAACACAGCUGGCUGCCAAGAAGUCUAUGUCAUGGUGCUAGAGAAUGCUAACCACAACUUCUACAGCUACAUCCUGAAAUACAAAGUGAAUGACCAGUGAGGGGCUGCAUUCUCCACAGUCCCCAGGGCUAUGGCCAGCCCUGCCCAGGGAGGGCCCAAGCUAAGUGCAGAGAGCCCGGGACACCAUUAAUCUGCAUGAAAUCACCUCUAGGCCUCUGCCUCGGCCCCCUCUGCCCCAGUUCCCCUGCUUUUGCCACAGGCACUGAGGAAUUCAUGCUGCCGAAGUCUCCCUCAGUGUGCCUGUGGAUGAAGGGGCAGAGGCAAGGGCCCUCUAGAAGAAAAAGGUGCUAUGUAAAUCCAAGGUAUUGUGAAGUGUUUGCCCCUGCCUGUGCCUGCUCUUGUGUUAGUACUUUGUCGUUGUAGAGCUGGGUGGGUAAGCAGAGGUGUUGCCGGUGUCAAAAGCUUUCCACAUGAUGCCUAGAGAAUUCUCCUUCCUGCCCCAGUGUUGUCUGCGGCUGAAUCUAUUCAGAGAGGUGCAUUUCCUCUCCCCAAGUAACAUGGUGUUUCCCCACUACUUCUGGACCCCAGGGAAUGAUGGGCCUGCCCGUCUCCCACAUUCCUAGUGCCCUUUUUAGUUACGUCAUGCUCUUCAAGAGCUUACAAAGGGAGAUGGGUGUAGAGAACAAGCUGGCUAACCCUCAGCCAACUGGAGGCUGUUAUCCCCCAAUCCCUAGCAUCUCUUGAGAUGUGAUAAAGGGCAGAAAAGCAGCCGUGUAAACACAUGGAUGUCCUGGCUGGGGACCAGGGAUGGAGUGUUUCUGGAAGUCCAGCAACCCACAUGUAAGGAUGAAGACCCCUGAUUCUGUGUGCCUACCAGAGUUUAGCUGAGGGCCUGGAGAUGCCCUUUCAGCCAUCAUCAAGAGCCUCGAAUGCCUACAUAGCCUGUUGGGAGCCUGGCUGAUGACCAUGAAUGAAGACCUGGGCCCUGGGCAAGCAGACGAGUCCCAACAGUACUAGGGAUAGAAUAUGAUAACAAGAUGCUGCUCCUUACAUGGUCUCUUACAAGCCAAACCAAGCUGAGGGGACCAUCACCUGCCCCUAAAGAAAGUGUUUGUGCCUGUCUCUGAGAAAAGCCCUAUCAUAGCCGUUUUCCCUCCUGUCUUUCUCUGAGAUGACAACCCUUGCCCUAAGUUCAGCCUUCCCCUGGGAACAGUUGUGGGCCUCUUACUUGCUCAGGCCUGUCCUAAAAAGCUUGAGCUGCCUAGCUGGCCCUUAGCAGCACCUGAGGCUGGUGUUUCCAUGGCAACAGCCGAGAGGAAAGCAGGCUGCUGCAAGCAGGGAAGGCCUGAGGAGAGUCCCCAAGAGGCUCCUGCAGUAGCAUCCCAGUGCAUGGAUGUGCUCCAGGAUGAUCCCCACCAAACUUCUGGGUUCUAGGACUCUGCUCACUGUGCCGCCUCUCAGGACCCCCACCCCUUACUUCUCUCUGAGGAAUAUCCUUGGGCUCAGCUAUAGCCAGAGCCAGCCUGGGGUACUCACAGCCUCUGCAUUCAACCCUGUCCUCAGUAAGAGCUAUCAGACUCAUUCGAUAAGAGGCUGACCCCAUGCUGAAUGCUGGGACUGUAGGGGAAUACAAAGGACUCCACCAUAGGCACCGACACCUCUGGGUGGGCAGUCUGUCAAGAGGAGCCUAUUUGAAGACCUAGGAUCCCAGAACUUCAGUUCUUCAUUCCCUCUGCCCUUUUCCCACAGGUCCCCACUGCUAUCCACCUGAUAGCAGCUAGCCCCCUCCACCAGGCUGGGGAGCCUCACUUGUUGUUGGCACGGCUGCUAGGGACUGAGCUGCCUUGGCUUGUGUCCAGGGUCCUCUGGCAGUCCUGGCCCAUCAGCAUCUUGUCACUCACUCCUGGAAAAUGCACAAAAGCCGAGUGAGGUGGGGGUGGGGUGUCUCCACUACAAGAAAACAGUGGAGUUUGCACUGCCUGGGAACAGCCUCUCCUCACCCCUUUUAUUUUAUGAGCAGAAAGGAAAUGUGCUAUGUUUUAACAAAAUAGUGCUUCUGCGAUCCCUGCCACUCGCUAGACACAGCCGCGACAGCCACUGCUAGCCCUGCAGAAAAGAAAAAAGAAAAAAAAAAGAUCCCCAUGUUUUUCAAAACAGCAUAUUUAAUCCAUUCUGGAGCUUGUAGAGGAUGCUACCCCACAAAACAGGAGCUGUCCUCAGCACCAGAGGCCCACCCCGGGCCUCUCCCAGUGGCCCGGGUCAACCACACGCCCCGCCCUCCUCGUUUAACCAGGCAACCCCUUUGUCAAGGCAGCUGUAGGUGCACUCGGAAAAACGCCUGCAUUUCUUUUUACUGAAGCAAAGAUACAUGAAACAGAAUCCAAUCUUCAUGAAUUUUUACACGCAUGCUGCUCAGGCUGGAAAUUUGGAGGUUGCGUUUUGAAGGCUUUUUAUUCAAAUCCCCCUCUUUGUCUGCUGGUCCACGCGUCUCAUUGGCCAAUCAAAGGGCACGAGCGCCCCCUGGUGGUCUAUUGCGAAGUUGCCGCCUCCCCAAACCCACAAGCUGGAUCUUUCUAUGAUGUUUGUUAAAAAUCACUAGGUGCUUUCUCGUCCCUCGUGGACGAGUUAUGCUGCCUACGGCACCCACAUCAUGGAGAGUCAUCGUCAUAGUAGAUAUGCCAAGGUCAGCGUUGCCAUGCAGACUGUGAGAAGAGCCUGGAGAGACUUCCUGGCCUGACGUGGUGAGAAGACAGGAUGGGAUUAAGAAUUGAACGUCUUGCCCAGAAAGCCUUUCCUGAGACAGAAAGCCUGGGCACAGGAAUGCCUGGCUGGGGUCGUUGUGAUCACACUCAUUACUAUGGCAAUGACAGGCUGAAACUGAUCAAACUCAGCAUUUUGCCAGGCAGGCCCCAGGAUGGGUGCCAGGGUGCAGAACGAUGGGGCGUGGUGGGGCAAAAGGGUGCAAUUAAGUUCCUUUCAGCUUGCUUCAAAAGUGCCACCAGCUCAGCUGGACUGUUCUCUGUCUGAUUGUGAAUAUUUUGAGUUCUCCAUAUGUUACAUUGUCCCACCAGGAUGGACUCCUCCCGGCCCACCGAGAUUAAAGAGACAUAAAUAGAUUAACUGAAGCAUGAAGGAUUUGAGCUAGAUAUAAAAAACCAUUUCCUGUUGUGAAGCAGGAGGGACACGUUGCCAAUAAACUCUGCGAAAUUCUCAAAGGACUUGAAAAGGAGAAAAGUUACCCCCAGCGGUCCAGCAUUUUGUCUGCCGUGCUUACUGAAGUGGUUGGGUUCUCCCUCCGCUAAUUCUUAAACAACACUUGGUUGGCUGUCAGUAAACACCAGGUUAAUGGUGUGACCACACAGCUCACUAUUGUCGGAUUUCAAAGACAGUUUACCUGAGGUCUGCUGUUUCCUUUCAUUUGGAGUAAGUAAAGCUGCAGAGGUGACUAUUUCUCCUAACCUGUGUGCUGAAUUGUGUAGGCCACCAGCUGUUGAGGAUGCUGUCCUCACACUGUUGCUGGGGUUCUUUUUCAAUAAAAUUUAUAUUCAUUUUUAUCCAA